ACCUUUGGACGGUUAUAAUGAAACAGUUGGCCAUAAAAGAAAAAACAGAAAACACAUUGGACGAAAGAGCUUCCACCGCUCCGAUUCGCCGCCUAAAAUUAGCUACGAAUUCUUCUGCAUUGACCAUGUUCCAAUCAAUUAUCCUAUAGACCUCAAAUUUUAGAUCUCAGAACAUAGCACAUGUCGGUUUUAUCAAGCAUGGAGCUGCCUACAACUAAUGUGGAUCUUAGUCCUGAGAAGAUUAAAGAUGAGAAAGAGGGAGGUCCCAUGAUCCAUUGUGAUCUCUGUGACACAGAAGUAAUUCACAAGAUGGCUCAAAUGUUCGUACCGGGACUAGCCUCUGCCUGCGUUGAUAACACAACGGGAGAUCCCUUCAAGACUCCUGGUUCAGUGGUUAAUGAUCUGAGGAAGGAUAUGAUUGAUUACCUUACCCAGAGAAGUGAAUCGUUUGUUGCCGAGUCUGUUAUCUUAGAAGGUACUGGUCCGGAUGAUGAAGUGUCGGAUCAUCCUUUUGACAUUGUUUCUUAUUUCGUCGAUGACUUUGUAGAUUCAAAGAGGAAUUUGUUUAGUAAGGUUUCAGGGUGGCUCCUAAGCGACAAGAGAGAAGACAAGAUAGAUGAUUUUGUGCAGGAGAUAGAAAUGAAUGGUUUUUGGUCGCUAGAUAGAAGAGAAACGAUAGCAGAAACUUUGCUUAAGAAUGUUGACUUCAAGAACUUAUUUCAUUGCAGCAUGAAAUUUAAUUCAGCUGAAGAUCUUGCCAAACAUACUGAGAAGUGCAACUUCAAACCUAUGAUCUGCCAGAAUGAGGGAUGUAAUAACAGAUUUAGCACACGUCAUUUGAAGGAGCAUGAUUCAACUUGUCCUUUCAAGAUAAUUCCCUGUGAACAGAAAUGUACCGAUAGCUUAAUGAGGCGUCAGAUGGACAGGCACUGCAUAACUGAAUGUCCAAUGAAGCUUGUGAAUUGUCCUUUCUAUUCAGUGGGGUGUCGAUCUGCUAUCUCACAAUGUAUGAUUGAAAAACAUUGUGCAGAUGACCUUCAUUCUCACUUAUUGCACAUCCUUAAAGGCAUACAUAGGGAAGCAUCUGGUGAAGAUCUUAAAAGACGAGUAGAGCAAAUUGUACAGGCAUCAUCAAGCAGCAGUUUAGCAGAGGCUAAGGAAGUGAGAUCUUUAAAAAAUAUCGUCAAAGCUCUGGAAGCUAAGCUAGGACCUUUGGAAGUGAGUGCGGAGAAAACUAGUGCAGAAACAGCUUCCAUGAAUGAAGAUAGUGAAGAUAGAAGCACCGGAACAAAGGGCGGUGAGCAGAGCUUACAAGCUUUAAAUUCACCAGACAAAGUUGAAGUGAGUGCUAUCUUGAAUAAGAAUAGUGCAGAAAAUGCUGUGAAUAAUGAAGACAGUAAAACAUGAGGAAAAUGGAAAGGGUAAUGUGAGGAACAAUGAUUUUGAAAUUGUUAGCAUACAAACUUAAAAAGUAGAAUUUUUUUUUGUUUGAUAUGUUAUGUUGCCUAUUCUUUACAUGAGAGGAGGGGUUUUUCCAUUAUGCAAGUAACUGGUCACAUAUGCUGACUUUUUCUUACUGAGCGUUAAUAUUAUUCAAUUAAUAUCUCUUA